GCGGUGCAAACCUUGUUAUGGCUUCGAGCCUGGGUUACACUUUCAGAAGUAGGGUUUCAAGACACUGUUGAGGUUUUAGACAAAGCUCAAUGAAAAAAAAAAAAAAUAGGGUUUCAAGACAGGGUUAAGUUUUGAACGUGUGGUUUCAAACUAGCGUAAGUCUUAUCGAUUGAUCGAUUGGUUGACUUACUGCCGUGUGGUGAAUAAUUCCAGUAAGAGGUCCAUGCGGACUUCCCCAUUCUUGGGAAUCGUCACGUUUAUUUGUGCCUAAAAAGCAUUUUGAGAGUUUGAUGAUGCACCCCGACCAGCUGUGUGUGGAUCGGAUGGCUAGCGUUGUUGCGCGUGCCAACGAUUUUCUCCGAAAUUCAGCCCACUUCCUGCCAAAAAACACCCACGCUGGGAAUAUGAAAAUAUACAAAACAACGUUUCAUGUAUGCUGCUGCUGACAAUCAUAUAGGCAUCGCUAAAAUUCAAUCAAUCCAUCAAAUUUUAUUUGUAUAACACCUUUCAUUCAUAGAAAUGCAACCCCAAGUGCUUCACGGAGAUAAAAACUAAUCAUUGUUAAAGAGCAAAAUUGGCAUUAUAUACAAUUCAUCUUUUCCCCACUUUUUUUCGUAUUUUUACAUCCAAUAAUUUAUAUCUAAAUUGUUUUUUCUCGUAUUUGUGUAUUAGUCAUCUAAUACUUUUAAUGUUGUAUAAGUGUUAUUUACAUUGUUAUAGUCGUGUAUUUUUCACAAAAUAUUGUCUAAUAUUUGUAUCAUUUAACUAUUGUAAUAUUUGUUUUUCCUAUUUUUCAUGUAAUGUCUAAUGUGUUAUUUACUAAUUUGUUGUUUAAAUAUGUUGUGUUGUGUAAUAUUUUGCACAUGUAAUAUUGCCUAAUAUUUUGUAUUAUUAACUCAUAUCUUUUAACAUAUUUAAUUACAGAUUUUUACGUUUUAGUCGUUGUGUAUUUUAUUGUAUCAUAAUGAAAUGAAAUCAUGAUAUUGCUUUGACGUCCAAGUCCUCGCUUUUAUAUCUCCCCAUAUCUCGUUUUUAUUUAUAUUUUGACAAAUUGUUGAACUUUCCGGUUGUUGUAGCUUCGUGUUAGAUUCGUAAAAAAAAAAAAAGAAUCUCCCAAUCUGAUUGGUUCAUUCCGCUGUGACGUUUACAGAAAGUGGCCACAGAGCCUUAAAUCAUCUCAUAUCUUCUUAUUUUAUUGUUAUUAUUAUUUUGUUAGAAAUGUCAUUUUACUGUCACAUUUGUCUCGUUAUAUAUGUGUACGUUAAUUUCCAAUACUUUAAUUUGAAUAAAGUCAAAAGAUUCCCUCGAUCUGAUUGGUUUCUUCCGCGCUGACGUAAUAGGAAGUGGCCGCCACAACGACCGGAAUCAUAACAUUGCUUUUACGUCCAACUCCUCGCCCUUAACUCGUUUCAUAUCUCUUUUUUUUUUUUAUCCAAUGUUAUACUUCCGGACGGUUGUGCCUUAACUUCUGACUUGUUGUAAAAAAAAUGUCAAAUGUUUUUUUUUGUUGGCUAGCUAACGAGCAGGAUAGCUACUCUGCAACGUAAAUUCUACUAUUCGUUCAUCCCUAACUGACAAUUCGCAACUUUCAUUUUACGCGAAACUCACGCCGUGUAUUAUUUGAAUGUAUUAAAUGUAAAAGUAUCGGUGUGUUUUAAGGGUAAAGUUCAUAGGGAGUUGUUUUGGUUUGUGUUUCAAAUGAACGAAAGGGUAGCUACGUGACCCUCCAAGCCUCCUCCUCUUCCCCCCAAAGAGUCUUUUUGUUUUUGUUGUUGUUGUCGUCGUCUUUUUGUCGGGGAUGCCUCGACUGGAAGAGCUGGCAAACGUGGCCCUGAGGGUGCCCAGCAUCCUCGCGCUGGACCUGCUGUACAAGUAUGACAUUGUGGGCUUAACGGAGCACCUCAGGGCCAAAAACGAACACAUGUUCUGCAAGUACCGAUGGGUCAUCUGCGACAUGUUCUACAUUGGUCACCUGUUGAUCAUGCUGUUGCUGCUGCUGCCUCUGAGACACAUCGUGAGCGUCUACCUCCACGUUCUCGUCGCCAUGCUUCUCUUCGUGGGACACCAACGCUCAAAGGAAUACGUCCUGGAGGAGCUGCUGGCCUGCCGCCAGGGGGCGCUCUCCUUCGACCGCAAUGCCUUCAAAAGAUUCGUUUGGGCCCUCACAUGUCAGAUCAUCCUGAGCACGCUGUGCGCUUUCCUGAUGAAAACGCGGAAGGUGUGGCUCUUCUCGGCGCCCGUGCUCCCCCUGCUGGCCCGCCUCGGCGGCCCCCCUCCGCCCGAGCUUCUCGCCGUCUCCGGCUUCGCCACGACGCUCACCGAGGUCGCCGUCGGCCUCUUCCUGCUCUUUGGGCUCUACCGCCUCACCGAGGCGGCGCUGUCGCUCAAGCUGGAGGUGAUGGCACUGACCCGCCUGCUGGCGGUGGGUAUCUCCCUGUGGACCCAGUUUGCCGUGCCGGUCCUCUUUAGCGUCUUCUGGUUGGUCCUCUUCGCAGUCCACCUGUGCUCCAACGUUGUGUCCGGCGCCGCCUCGUCCGCCGCCCAUCAGGGUGUCCUGUUCUUCCUUCUCACUGGUGUUUCCGAAUGCUGUGCCACGCCGUACUCCCUGUUGGGUCUGACGUUCGUGGUGUCCUACUCGGCUCUGGGCCUGCUCAACCUCUGCAAGGUGUUCCUGGGGGGCUACGACGGCGUGCACAACGACAACGUCAUGCAAAGGGGGGUGACGGAAGGCGUGACGCUGCUGCUGCUCGCCCUGCAGACGGGCCUGCUGGGCAUGCAGAGCAUGCAGCGCACCUUCCUGCUCAGCAUCAUCCUCUUCAUCGUGGCCACGUCCACGCUGCAGUCCAUGGGCGAGCUCACCCACCCGGUCGUCCUCGCCCUGGCCGCCUCCCGCAACAGGAGCGUGUGUAAGCACCUGCGUGGGCUCAGCAUGUGUCUUCUUCUCCUGGUCUUCCCAGUGUUCAUGGCGUAUAAGAUUUCACAGUUCUUCCACAUGGACUUCUGGCUCCUCAUUUUGGUGGCUGGUUGCAUGCUCACCUCCCUCCAGGUUACGGGCACGCUGUUCAUCUACUCCCUCUUCAUGGUGGAGCUGUUCCGCAGCGAGCCCAUGGAGAACCUGGACGAGGUGAUCUAUUGGGUGAACGCCGUUAGCCGGGUGUUGGAGUUCGUGGUGGCGCUGUGCGUGGUGGCGUACGGCGCAUGGGAGUCACUGUUGGGCGAGUGGAGCUGGAUGGGCGCCUCGGUCAUCAUCAUCCACUCGUACUGCAACGUGUGGCUGCGGGCGCAGUCGGGUUGGCGCAGCUUCCUGCUCCGGCUGGAGGCGGUCAAGAAGAUCAACUCGCUGCCUCGCGCCACGCCGCAGCAGCUGAGGCGGCACAACGACGUCUGCGCCAUCUGCUUCCUGGAGAUGAAGUCUGCAGUGGUCACGUCCUGCGACCACUUGUUCCACGCCAACUGCCUGAGCAAGUGGCUCCACGUGCAGGGGACGUGCCCCAUGUGCCACCAGACAAUCCCGGCUCAUCCGCCCACCCGGCACGGCCCGGAGACGGACGCCGGCGCCCCUUUGGAGGAAGCCGUUGACUUGGAGGAGGAAGACGUCAACUCGGAGGAGGAUCCCGAUGACGGUCCAGACGAGGAGAUAGUUAUUUGAAUUUGUGACUUUUUUUCCCCAUUUUUUUCCUUUCCAUUUUUCACAGAUGCUAUAGGAAAUUCUCUUUUCUUGUUGGCCGUUUGACCGACGCUGAAACUGAUCUGCGGACCCCAGAAUUACAAAUGGAAUAGUACAGUCAUCUUCGGUCGGUCACAUGCUAACAUACAAACGGAAAAACAAAUGCAAAUAUGAUUAUGAUUUUUUUUUUUUUUGUAUUUGAGGAAUUUAUUAUUAUAAUGGUUAUUAUUUUUACUAUCAUUAUUUUCAUACAAUUUGACUGACACUGGAAAAAACAGCUUCCCAACCCCUGAAUUAGAAGCUAUUGCAUGCUAACUAACAACAGUAAAAAAACACACACGAACAUGGUCCUGUUUUAUUUUAU